UCACAACUAUAAAAAUAUCGUUUAACUUUGAGCAUUUGCCAGUGGGAAUAAUGCAAUUGAGCUUGAUAUAUCUCGUACUUGUUGCUCACCUGGUAGCAUCCACUCAAUUGCCUUCUGAUGUAGAAAAGUGUCGCUACCACGACGAUAACUGUAUCUUGCGCAGCGGCAACUUUGUGAUCCAGCGAUAUGGUAAAACAGGAGUGGCACAGAUGAAUAUAGAACCAGUGGAUGCUAUUAAGGUACCCCCUUACGAGCUUCAGAAAGGGAAUCGUGAUCAACCCUUCUGGCAUGACUGGAAAGUGAGUGACCAAUGGGUCUACGGUUUUGAGAACACCACCUUGACCAAGAUCCAAGGAUUCGACCGAGACCCUAGGCGUUCGCAGGUUGAGAUACAUGGUCGAGUACCCAGCGUGAGCUCUACGGCGCGAUUUCAAUUCAAUUCCAAAUUUCUCACAUUGAAAUUGAAUGCGACUGGUGGUGGCAAGACAGAUUUCCAAAACUUUCGGUUUAUCGCUAAGUUCUCUCUUACAGUAGAUAACAAAGGAUAUGCUAAGAUCUACAAACUAAGUCUCAGUUUGGGUUUGGACCGCUGGAUUCAAAUGCUGGAUGAUCUUUUUGUGGGCAACACAGAUCUUUCCGUAAUCGCUAACGAAUGGAUCAACGUGAACUGGCAUGAGUAUUGGGUGGAUAUCGAACCGGAUAUAACGGAAUUUACGCGUCGAUUUUUAAUUAAAAAACUGAACAGAGUUUUCUCCACGGUGCUCUAUAAAGAUUUCUUUCUUUAGGCUAGUUAAAAGUGAUUUUAUUCACUUGAUUUCUUUACUCUGAGCGCACUGAUUUAUUGGAUAAAAUACUGAAGCUUAAACCCGGUAGCUUUUCAGCUUAGCUAUCGUUUUACAAGGGGAGGUCGAUCGAGCAGUGCUAAUAUAAGGCAGUAAAUUAUUUAGUAGCAGCACUGAGGAGAAUCUUAAAUAAAAAUGCGAGCUGUAUAACUAUACGAUUUAACA